AUGAUGGAAACAAAGGGCGUUGACGAAGAAGAGGAACACCAUGAAUCUGUCAUUGACUGGGAUUCGCUGUUAAGUGCUGCCGAAAAUCCCGAACUUCAGGAAAUUCUUCGGUCACCAGUCGAAGAGGCUAUUCAUAUCCUAAAUUUUCUGAAAACGGGUAGUAUUGAAAAAAUUUACUUGACGGGGAUAAAUGAAGUUUAA